GAAAGAGGGAUAUCCGACAAAUUCCGUCAAAUGUCAGUCAAAACUCCAGAUUUUUCUCCUUGGGAUUUUAUGUUUGUUAAUGUCGUCCUAUUCUUCACCAUCUCGUUCCGGGGAACGUCAGCUUGCGAACACAGCUCAUGAGAAGUGAGCCAGCGGAAAUCGUAUAGUGGCAAACCGGAGAAACGCUACAAUUCAUGGUCCUCUCUCAGCCUCUUCGCAACCAGCAUCAGCAGAGAAGACAUUGGAUACGGACAACAACACUGACAGAUCUUGCCCGCAAUUCUGUUUGCUAUCAGUUAUGGGUGCAGUCUGAAAAAAGUGGAUACAGUAGCGCUAUCACUAUUACCUCGCAGUUUUAUACUCAUGAAGGAGCUCCGUCCUGGUUGAGUUUGGGAGAUGGGAGUUCUUAACAUUGCAGACCAGCCUCCUCUGGUCCAGGCCAUCUUCAAUCGUAAUGCUGAAGAAGUCCAAAUAUUGUUGCACAAAAAGGAGGAUGUCAAUGCACUGGACCAGGACCGCCGUACACCGCUACAUGCUGCUGCAUGUGUGGGGGACGUCCACAUAAUGGAUCUCCUCAUUGAAUCAGGGGCCAGUGUUAAUGCUAAAGACCAUGUGUGGCUGACCCCAUUGCACAGGGCCGCUGCCUCCCGGAAUGAAAGGGCAGUUGGUCUCCUGCUGCGACGCGGAGCGGAAGCCAAUGCGCGGGACAAGUUCUGGCAGACGCCGCUGCACGUGGCGGCCGCUAACCGCGCCUCCCGCUGUGCGGAGACCCUUCUGAGCCAGCUGGUCAACCUGAACAUGGCGGACCGCACCGGCCGGAGCGCCUUGCACCACGCUGCUCAGAGCGGCUUCCAGGAGAUGGUGAAGCUCCUUCUGAACAAAGGAGCUAAUCUGAGUGUGAUCGACAAGAAGGAGAGACAGCCGAUCCAUUGUGCUGCCUACUUGGGUCACGUGGAGAUAGUGAAGCUGCUGGUGUCUCGCAGUGCUGACAAGAGUUGCAAGGACAAGCAGGGCUACACGCCCCUCCACGCAGCGGCCGCCAGUGGACACCUCGAGAUCGUCAAGUAUCUGCUGAGGCUGGGAACGGAGAUUGAUGAGCCCAACAGCUUCGGCAACACGGCCCUGCACGUGGCUUGCUACAUGGGCCAGGAGGCGGUGGCCACGGAGCUGGUGAACCACGGGGCCAACGUCAACCAGCCCAACCGCAGCGGCUUCACCCCGCUGCACCUGGCCGCCGUCUCCACCAACGGCGCCCUCUGCCUGGAGCUGCUGGUCAACAACGGGGCCGACGUCAACCAGCAGAGUAAAGAAGGGAAGAGCCCUUUGCACAUGGCAGCCAUCCACGGACGCUUCACACGCUCUCAGAUCCUCAUCCAAAAUGGCGGGGAAAUCGAUUGUGUGGAUAAGUAUGGCAAUACCCCACUCCACGUCGCUGCUAAGUACGGCCAUGAACUCCUGAUCAGCACUCUGAUGACCAACGGAGCAGACACGGCCAGACGCGGGAUCCACGGAAUGUUCCCUCUGCACCUUGCUGUGCUCUACGGGUUUUCAGACUGUUGUCGCAAGUUACUCUCCUCAGGUCAGCUGUAUAGUAUAGUGUCGUCUAUGAGUAAAGAGCAUGUGCUGUCGGCUGGUUUUGACAUAAACACCCCGGACAACUUCGGUCGGACCUGUCUACACGCUGCUGCAUCGGGAGGAAACGUUGAAUGUCUGAAUUUGCUAUUAAGUAGUGGUACUGACUUGAACAAGAGGGACAAAAUGGGAAGGACCCCGUUGCACUACGCGGCUGCUAAUGGGAGGUACCAGUGCACGGUGACCCUGGUGAGCGCUGGCGCCGAGGUCAACGAGCCGGACCAGACGGGCUGCACUCCGCUGCACUAUUCUGCUGCCUCACAAGCCUUCUGCAGAGUUGACCGUCAUUUUUCUGGGAGCCAUCAGGCUAAUGAGGAUGACGCGAAGGAGUCCUACUUCUGUCUGGAGCAUCUUUUGGACAAUGGGGCUGAUCCCUCCAUGGUCAACUCAAAGGGUUACAGUGCGGUCCACUAUGCAGCUUACCAUGGCAACAAGCAGAACCUGGAGCUGCUUCUGGAGAUGUCCUUCAACGCACUGGGAGACAUAGAGAGCAGCAAUCCAGUCAGCCCCUUGCAUCUGGCUGCGGACAGGGGACACUGGCAGGCCCUGCGUGUCCUCACGGAGACGGCGGCCUACGUGGACGUGCAGGACGCGGCCGGGCGCUCGGUGCUCUACCUGGCCGCCCAGAAGGGCUACGUCCGCUGCGUGGAGGUCCUCCUGGCCCAAGGCGCCUCCUGCCUCCUGAACGACAACCGCCUCAUGUGGACGCCCAUCCACGUCGCAGCUGCCAACGGCCACACUGACUGCCUGCUCAUGAUGAUAGAGAACGGGGAGGACGGAGACCUCACCAAUGUCACCGACACGUUUGGCCAGAGCCCUCUCAUGCUGGCUGUCCUGGGCGGCCACAUCGACUGUGUGCGUCUCUUGCUGGAGAGGGGCGCCCUGCCGGACGCCAAGGACAAGAGGGGCAGCACGGCCCUGCACCGGGGGGCGGUGCUCGGCCGCGACGACUGCGUGACCGUCCUGCUGGAGCACAAGGCCUCGGCGCUGUGCCGGGACGUCCAGGGCAGCACGCCUCUGCACUACGCCGCGUCAAGGGGCUACACCGACAUCCUGGCCAGCCUGGCCCCCGGCGCCGUGGCCACAGACCCCCAGGACAAGCUGCUGGACAACAAACGCUACACCCCGUCACACUGGGCCGCCUACAAAGGGCAUGAAGACUGUUUGGAGGUUUUACUUGAACACAAAACAUUUAUCCACGAGGAGGGGAACCCGUUCACACCGCUGCACUGUGCUCUGAUGAACGGCCACUGUGGUGCUGCGGAGCGGCUGCUGGAGACGGCUGGGGUCCAUAUGAUCAACACCAGAGAUGCCAAAGGAAGGACCCCGCUCCACGCUGCGGCGUUUGCGGAGGAUGUGGCCGGCCUUCAGCUGGUGCUGCGCCAUGGAGCCCAGGUCAACGGCGUGGACGAAAGCGGACGCUCUGCCCUGAUGGUGGCCGCCGACAAGGGACAGAGCGGCACCGUGGCCAUUCUCCUGCACCGGGCCAAGGCUGACCUCACACUGCUGGACGAUAACGGGAACACUGCACUGCACCUGGCCUGCAGCAAGGCCCAUGAGAUGUGUGCCCUGCUGAUUCUGGGGGAAAUCCACAGCCCUGCACUCAUAAACGCCUCCAACAGCGCGCUGCAAAUGCCCCUCCACCUGGCGGCGCGCAACGGCCUGGCCACGGUGGUGCAAGCCCUGCUGAGUAGAGGAGCCACUGUUCUGGCUGUGGAUGAAGAAGGCCACACCCCAGCCCUAGCCUGUGCCCCCAACAAGGACGUGGCUGACUGCCUGGCUCUGAUCCUCUCUACCAUGAAGCCUUUCCCUCAACGGGACCCAUCCCCCUGCUCCUGCCCUCCCCCCACCGUGGCCCCGGCGCCGGGCCUCAACCUGCUGAAGCAUUGCGGCAUCACGGCCGCCUGCGCCCCGCUGCCCAACGGCGGCCUCCACAACGGCUACGUCAAGGACCGCCACAGCGCGGCCGUCGGCCUGGACGGCUGUCUGACGGAGUGAAGGGCCCGCCGCCGCCGCCGCCCCCUCUCCCACUCCUCGCCGGCUGCUGUCCCCCAUCGCCGCCACCACCGGGGGGGGGGGGGGGGAGACGCCCUUUAACACGGCCCCAGAGGACCAGCAGGAGAGCACCCGCCCAUGUCUGUUCUAGAUGUAUGUAUGUACGUACGUACGUGUGUUUUUUGCGUGAACGUGUUUUAGGCGUGCGCGAGAGAAUGUGUUUGGUCUUCUCUUGAGGUGCAGUCAAAACCUAUUAUGCAAUUAGAUCCCAUUUCUCCAUCUCCUAGUAGUGCUCAAUUCCUAAAAGAAACAAAAGCGUCUGGUUGCUCUACAAGGUCACACAAACGCGUGCGCGCACACACACGGAAGACUGGCGUCCACCGUGGACCCAGCGAUCUGGCCUCCUCCCCUCCCCCUGCUCAUUUAAACCCUUUAAAAUCAUGUUUGCGUAAUGAUGUAACUGACGGCUAAUAGCAUGGAGACCUCUGUAUCCUUGUGUCUCUCCAUAUCAUUCAGUAUUUAACAUCAUAUCACCCCUGCUAAGUACCCGUGACCUUGUAGAGGAAUGCACAGCCGUUCCAAAAUAACGAUCAAAGAGGGGUUUCUUUUUUCUUUUUUUGUGUUACAUUUUUAUGAAGGAACCAUAGAAGGGAAUUAUAUAAAUUCUGCUUAAGUGCAAUGCUAAUGUACCACAGUACAAUCCUAAAUUGGGGAAAGGGUCAGGUUAUUUCCAUUGUGUACUUUAAAUGUACGGCCUAGAAUUGUUUUUUUUGGUAUUUUAACAAACGACAAAAAAAUGAAAUUGGUAACGCUGCUGAAUUGAUUAAUUGGCUCUCCUUCCAAAGGGGAGCCGAGACUAGGUUGGCAUAUUCAUCAACUCUUUCCUCAUGGCCAACUUGAUAUUUUGAAGAUGUUAAAUAAGUGUUUAAGCUAGAAUGUUUCUAAGCAUAUAAGUUAUGACCAAAGUUGAUCAACACUACUAUGGCUAUAAAUUAUUUAUUUGAGCUGAACUGUACUGUAUAGAGAAAGACAUUAGAUCUUGAUAUACCUCGUCCAACUCGUUUUAGCAGCUGCUUCAUCUUCAGCCAGGGUCCGUAGGUCUGCAGUCCUCCCGGCAGGACUAGAGUACUAUAUUGUAGGAUAGUGAUUUGACUGAGGCCUUGUUUAUUUCUGGAUGAAGGCUUUACUAGUAAUAUCUGCCAGCAACACCUCAUCAAAAGCAUCGUAUCUCUGAGCACAUAAAUGAAAAAAAAAAAGCCAUUUCAAUUUUUUCCCCCCCCCCCAUAUCUCUUUUUAUGUCCGUUUUCGUUUUCGUUUUGUUCUGGAGGAUUUCACAACUAGAAGGGCCUACCUAUUGAACAGA